CUGACCUGUGUUCAAACUCAACAUAUUUCACACAUUUAGUUUAUCAUUACCGAUCUAUCAACAUGCUUUGGGAAAAGCCAGGUGGCGGUGAACCAGCCCAGACUACUUGGGACCUCAAGGAGCCCUUGACGGUCAAAUGGUCCCAUGUCUCUGGAGAGGAGAACAAGACCUUUUGCAUCUACCUUACCAACCGCGUUGACUAUCCUCCAGUGACCGAGCUCGUCCUGCGAUACGCGGUCAUGGGCCGAGAUGAGGUUACCAUCCCUCCACCUGGACCGAUGGAUGUCCCUCUCAAUUGCAACUAUCGCCUUUGGGCUAGUGCCUGUGGAGACCCUGAGACUAUCUAUGCUGAGACGGAGCUGUUCUGCAUUGACGUUAGGGACAAUGCUGAUCUCUAGUUGAUGCCCGACCUACUGAACUUGCUGCAGUGCACAGGGUAUCUGGAUUGCGAUGUAGCUUGAAUCAUUGAGGAAUGUCUACGAUACGCCAAUCACCGUCG